AUGGCUGGAUCAAGCUCCUCCGGUGGUGACUUACGAACACCACAAUUUAAUGGAUCAAACUACGAUUUUUGGGCCGUAAAAAUGGAAACCAUUCUCAUAGCCUACGAUCUAUGGGAUGUGGUUGAAGUUGGUCUUGCUGGACAACAAACUUCCAGAGAGGAAACCUCUGAGGAAGAAGAAGAAAGCAAGUCAGAGCGCAUUCCAGUUGAAAGACCAGUUGUUUCAAAGGAGGAAAAGAUCAAGAAUGCCAAGGCUCUAAGCCUCAUUCAAGGAGCAAUCACUAAUGAACUUUUUCCUAGAAUCCGAAAUGAGAAGACUGCAAAAGGUCUGGGAAAUCCUGAGAAGAGAGUUCAAAGGAGAUAA